AUGAAGUUUAUUUUUCUUUUUUUAACUUUUGCAAUUUUGGCUUAUAAUGUCAAGGCACAAACAGCUGCUGGUCUUAUUAGGCUUCAAGCUGCUAACAGACUCUGUAGACAACAAAAUGGUAUUGAUAGAAGUUUGAUAAAUCGUGCUCGUCAAGGUGAAUUUAUUGAUAAUAAUCCCCAAUUUGAUUGCUAUGUUGGAUGUCUUCUUCAACAACUGGGACUGACUUAUGAUGAUGGAUCAUUGGACGUUAAUACAGCUGUUAAUAUGGUGCCAUUGACAUCACCAUCACAUGAUCAAAUUGUCAAUGCUAUCAGUAUCUGUGGCAACCAAAGAGGAAAUGAUAAGUGUUCAACUGCACACUUGUUGUAUUCUUGCAUGUAUCAAAAUAACAUUCCAGUACAAGCUUUAGGCUGA